AGUGAAAAAGAAGUUGGAAUACUAGGACUUCUUACGAGGUGAUCGUAGUUGACAUUGACACACGUAUUUACUACUUCUACAUAUUUAUUUUUUCCUUUGUUCCGCAUUUUUUCGUUAUCCUGCUAGUAGACACACUUUGUUCAAUGAGGUUUACUUCUGUGCAGUAGUACUUGCGGCUAUCGAGGACGACGAAUAAAAUGCGGUUGCCGACACCACCGCCCGUGCGGCUUGGUGUAACAGGAAGAAGCAGCUGACACAUAGUUUAGUGUGGCAUAAACUUCUGGUCUAUCAUUGUCGCAGCCUCGGCCACUACUGGAUGAGCUGACCCCUGGGCCGUCGUUACCGCUUGUCUGACACAGACUUUGAUCCGGCACUGUAAGGCUCGAAGAGAGCUGCAGGUCGCGUCCGGAUCUUCACAGGUGGGACACCGACGCACAACUACCAGAAGGAACUCAAGGCGGAAUACUAAAACAAGAGGAACACCAAUAUUUUUAGCCCCCGAAAAAAUAAGAUAAGUUCGGACCUCCACCAUGUCGGAGUUACAGGGGAACAUGGAUCAACCUGGCAUGAACACGCUGGAUGAGCCGGUGAUAGACACGAUAAAAAGAGAUGUAAACGCCAUUGCCGAAAAGCUGCACUACGUGCUGUUACCGAAGGCACGGGUGGACAAGGUACAAGUUGCUUUUUUGUCUGAUACGAUCGUGAUGUGAUAAUUGUGCAUCACAGAGCAGAUGGCGUGGUGUAGUAUUAGCCACCCCGGCACAUAUGAUUUCAAUAUUUCCCGCACGACCUCUUGUCAGGGCGCCGGCCUCCGAAAGUGGGAUCUCUGGGGUCCCUUGUUUCUCUGCCUCGCCCUCUCCUAUCAACUGUAAAAAAAGUGUCUGGGUCUGGAAGAAUCCUACUUUUCAUGCUGAUUUUGGAUUCUAAAAAAAUAAAAAUCUGUAUUGCGUGAGCAGCAAAGAGAGUCCAAGUUUUGCUACACGGAAAGAGCAUUUGUCAUGCGGUAUGGGCAUCAGGAAGUCCUCACAAAAUCUGCGAUGCUAGGGCAUGCAUCACAGACGUCAGGAGUCAUGCAAAAUGUGCAUGACAAACCUGGCAAUCUUCCAGACCCAGACACUUUUACAUUUGAUAUCUCCACCGUCCUAGCCAUGCAGGCACACAAGGAGCAGGCUGGGAGAGCCUUCGCCCUCGUGUUUAUACUCGUGUGGUAUAGAAGUACAAAAAUGUUGUUGAUACAAUUUGUUCGCAAAGGCUUCUUGACAGAUGUGUCGUAUAAUCGGAUCUCAUGUUACGCAUGACAAGGCUGUUUGUUUUGUUGCAUUAAAACAGAAGAAAAAUCAGGGCCGGCUCCGGUGUCGUCACACUGAACACAGUGUUACUGAAGGGAAAAAUCUCCUUUUUCCAGAGCGUGUGUGUCCUCGGGUACUGCAUCUUUCCGCUCGUCCUCGCAGCGGUCGCCUCGGCAAUAGUAUCGUGGAAGAUACUGAAGGUAAUGUUGUCGCUCAAGAGCAUUUUCAUGGAAAUGGAAUGCUAUUCCUGCAUGACAGAUCCCGUCGCGGGAUUAUGUAAAUGCAUGACAAGUUCUUGUACAGUGAAAAUCAUGAUUAGCAUAUGUAUCGAAUAAACUUUGUACCAAAAAAAACCACCCGCUCAGGUUAUCUUCGUCGUCAUUGGCUUCAUAUGGGCAACCGGCGCCUCUGUUGGGUUUAUGAGCGACAUUGUGCCAGAGGACCGGAAAGCGCUAGGAGUGUACCCGGUAUGGCUCUUCUACGUGGCAAUAGCCUGGAUGAUUCUGCUCGCAUAGUCAAUUUUCGACAACUGCAUCUUGAUGUUGGGGUGACUAUGUCGUGGAAUAAAGUUGUGGGUCAGUAGGGUACUAUGUCCGACGAAGUCCAGCUUCCCUUGCCAGUCAGACGAAAACUUUCGCAAAAAAGCGAAACAGAAAAAAAAAAAUCAAAAUCAUGGACUUGCACCCGUUCUUGCAUCGUGUUCUAAAAAGCUGGUCCUUGUUGAAUGCAACCAUGAAAACAGAUGAGAGCAGAGGAUCAUCAUGG